AUGUCGGAGAAUGAAUGCGUUUGUGGAGGCUCUCCUGGCUCUGUGGAGGCUCUCCUGGCUCUGUGGAGGAGCUCUUCUGGCUCUGUGGAGGCUCUUCUGGCUCUAUGGAGGCUCUCCUGGCUCUGUGGAGGCUCUUCUGGCUCUGUGGAGGCUCUCCUGGCGCUGUGGAGGCUCUCCUGGCUCUCUGGAGGCUCUCCUGGCUCUGUGGAGGCUCUCCUGGCUCUAUGGAGGCUCUCCUGGCUCUGUGGAGGCUCUCCUGGCUCUAUGGAGGCUCUCCUAGCUCUGUGGAGACUCUCCUGGCUCUGUGGAGGCUCUCCUGGCUCUGUGGAGGCUUUCCUGGCUCAGUGGAGGCUCUCCUGGCUCUGUGGAGGAGCUCUUCUGGCUCUGUGGAGGCUCUUCUGGCUCUAUGGAGGCUCUCCUGGCUCUGUGGAGGCUCUCCUGGCUCUGUGGAGGAGCUCUUCUGGCUCUGUGGAGGCUCUCCUGGCUCUGUGGAGGCUCUCCUGGCUCUGUGGAGGCUCUCCUGGCGCUGUGGAGGCUCUCCUGGCGCUGUGGAGGCUCUCCUGGCUCUAUGGAGGCUCUCCUAGCUCUGUGGAGGCUCUCCUGGCUCUGUGGAGGCUCAAUUGGCUCAGUGGAGGCACAGAGCCUCGUGCGUUGAAGACUUUAUUGAAUCGCGUCAUGAAUACUGACAUUGACCAUACAGCUACACUGACCAUACAGGUACACUGA